UGAAGUAUCUUGUCACACGGUGUCUCUGUGACGUCGAGUACGUCGUGGGAUGACGUGGGCGCGACGCAGGACGAGACCAAACGCCAGCAGGAAGAGGACAACGUCCACUUGCGUGCAGCCGCUAUUAACCUUGCCGUGGACGCCGAAGAGCGUAGCGUCCAGACAGAGAAAACAUGGCCACCGCCAUGCCGCACUUAUCAACCAGCUCAGGAAUGAGGUUGUCAAAAGAGCAUUUUCUGGUCGCUCUGCCCGUGGCGGUUGUCGCGGCCGCGGGAGGCUUCCUGGUCAGUCGUUACUUGAGCGGGCGGAGCUGCAAAAAGGGCCUGGUGAACACGUGCAUCAACAAAGAUAGUCCCAAAGUGGUGCACAGUUUUGACAUGGAGGACAUUGGCUCCAAGGCUGUGUACUGCCGCUGCUGGAAGUCGAAGAAGUUCCCUUACUGCGACGGCGCCCACAGCAAGCACAACGAGGAAACCGGCGACAACGUGGGCCCCCUCAUCAUCAAGAAGAGGGACGUCUGAGCCCACCGAUCCCGACUUCGGGGCGCCCCGACCCCCGUAUUGUCCGCGCCGCGUCACGACAUCGCGAGGACACUUUAACGGUAUUAUGUUGUCAUAACAGAUCACACAGGCCUCAGUAGAAUCUGCUAACCCACAAAUUGAUAUGAAAGUAUUAUGUGUGUGAGCGCUAUGGAAUGAUGAACGGUCAGAUGUAGCGCUGUUCAUGCCUUGACCCACUUUGGAAUGAUUUGUGUCCCGAGUUAUACCGAAAGAACUGAACGCUUGUAAUCAUUUCAGUUCCAAGACACACUACAAAGACGAUUGUUGCUUGUUUUCUUUUUUUUUUUUUUUGCUAAGCUAAGAAAUAAACGUUUGUCUUAAAUCAUCUCCUUCGGAUCCUGACAAGUAUCGAUGAACCAUAAUCAGUCACUGUGCGUAUUCUUGACCAGUGUGUGCUCAAAACUGAACUCUGCUUAUCAAAUUUGACCUUUUCUUGAGUUUUUCUACUGUUCCCCGUGUGUCCCAUUUUCAGGAUUUGUUUUUCUGUAUCGUGCGAAUAAAAGUUUUUCUUUUUGGCGGAACUCA